UUUGCGUUUCUGUGCGUGUGUGCCAGCAGAAAAUCCCUCUAGCCUGGAAGAAUGGUGAAACUGGGGAAUAAUUUCAGCGAGAAGAGCACAAAGCAACCGCUUUUGGAGGAUGGAUUUGACACCAUCCCCCUGAUCACACCCCUGGAUGUCAAUCAGCUCCAGUUCCCACCUCCUGAUAAGGUUGUGGUCAAAACAAAAACAGAGUAUGAACCUGAUCGCAAGAAGGGGAAGUUCCGUACUCCUAAAAUAGCUGAAUUCACAAUCAGCAUCACUGAGGGGGUUUCAGAAAGAUUUAAGGUGACUGUGCUGGUCCUUUUUGCCCUCGCAUUCUUAACGUGUGUUGUAUUUCUGGUAGUCUACAAGGUUUACAAGUAUGACCAUACCUGUCCAGAAGGAUUUGUUUUCAAGAAUAAUCAAUGCAUUCCAGCUGGGUUGGAAAACUACUACUCUGAACAAGACUCCAGUGCUCGAGGGAAGUUUUACACAGUCAUAAACCACUACAAUCUGGCCAAGCAAACCAUCACGCGCUCGGUGUCCCCGUGGAUGACAGUACUGUCAGAGGAGAAACUAUCGGAACAGGAGACUGAAGCCGCGGAGAAAUCGGCUUAGUAUGAUCCACUAAUUAGUAACACUAUGUCAUUUGAAGGUAACUAAGGGACUUUAAGGAACUUUUCAUUAAAUAUAAUUAUGGAUAAUUUAGAGGUUACUCAUGUUUAUGGUGCAAUUGCUUCUGUUUGCUGAUACUGCUUUGCAAAAACAAAAAAAACCAAAAACUUGCUGCAGAACAUUCAUGGGCGUAAGACAAGGUGCCUAUCAAUCAGCAUCGCUUUAGAGCUUUGACACCAUUUUCAAUGUUAACAAACCCCCAAUGUUAGGUAUGUUCUUGCAGUUCAUUGGAUACUGGCAGAUUUUGUCACUGGAUUUCCAGGGCUUGGACCUUAGAUAAAUCACGUGUUCUGUUCUCUGAACUGAUCCUUUAUUUAUGAAUUUUUUUAUUCUCUGUCAUUUUGCAAACUGAAACACCCCAGCCAUAACCAGAGUGAUCUCUUCUUCAGCUCAAAGCUGUAUCUAAUACUUAGUUUUGGCUCAAGUGAGAAUGAGAGUCAGCAUUGAUGUCAAGGGCAUAAUGUAAUGACUUGUAUGGAGAAAAGAAAGUGUCAGGUAGCAUUUUUCUUACAUUUUUCUCUACUGUUGUUUCUUUGUAAGUGAUGAUGAAGUUCUCCGCAACAAGGCAUGCUCAAUGUUUUAUUAUUGCUGUCGACAGGAUUUAACUGCAUUUCCACUGUGGCUUUAGCAGCUUGGUACGGAUGUGCACUGAAACACAAACUAGGUAGAUGUCAUGGAAAACACAGAUGGUUUUAGUGAUGGAUGUUGAGGAUAGUGUAAAAUAGAGGCUGACCUGAUGUCCUAAUGAGAAAUGACAUCUUUUCAUCACAGUUCAGAGGCAGAAAGCCUAUGCACAGUACAUGUAGCCCGCCAUGUAAUUUGUUGGAUGCAGCUGAGGGAGUAAUAUGUCUAAAUUUUCUCUCUUAUUAUAUAAACAUUUUCCCUUUCUAUGGAUUGGAAAGAGCUCUCAGUUUAUGUAUGGUUUGCAGUGUGAUACUUUUUAAACCACAAAGCAUCACAAGUGAAGCUAGCAAAUCGAGUACCACAAGUAGGUCUUUUAAAGCUACAUGUGAAAGAGAGUGAAGAGUAGAAGUGUUUACGGAUGGCUUGGGAGGGGAAAAGACGUAGAAGAACAUAGUAUUGUGGAUGCACGCAGAAGUUCCAUUGUAAUUACAGACUUAUCUAUUCUUUGUGU